AUGUAUGAAUUAAAAUGUCAGCUUGCAUCAAUCAUGAGCAUGCUGUCUCCAACUUUAGAGAGAUUGUUUCUCUCAGAUAUCCCAAGUUUGGUGGAACUUCCUUCCUCUAUCCAGAAUUUUCACAAUCUUGAUUGUCUGGAAAUUACAGAAUGCAUAAAUCUUGAGACUCUUCCCACUGGCAUCAACCUUCAAUAUCUCUGCUACCUUGACUUCACGGGAUGCUCACGUUUGAGGACUUUUCCUGAUAUCUCAACCAGCAUAGAACAUUUCUAUCUAGCCCGAACAGGGAUUUUAGAGGUUCCUUGGUGGAUCAAGAAAUUCUCCAAGCUUGAAUACCUAGGCAUGGAGAGCUGCAGCAACUUGGAGCGUGUAUCCCUUAACAUUUAUAAACUGAAAGAACUUAAGGUAGUUGACUUUUCAGACUGUGGGGCAUUGACCGAAGCUAGCUGGACUGAUUGUCCAGAUAAUUUUUUCUCAGAAGUCAGUACUCAUUUCAUCUGCCUCAACUUGGACCCAGAAGCUCUCCUUCACCAACGUUCAUUUAUUUUUGAGAAAUUGGUCAUGACAGGUGAACAAGUGCCGUCAUAUUUCACUCACCGUACAACUGAAACAACCUCCUCUUUAACCAUCCCUCUACCUCCCACUUCUCUCUCGCAGCCAUUUUUCCGAUUCAGGGCUUGCGCGUUGGGUCAUUUCGACUCUGUGCACACACAUCGUAGUAACGUAGUAUAUAUCCGUGUCAGCUAUCGGUUCAAAGGCAUACUUGGGGACAGCGUUGAUUCUUUUGGCCAGCAACAACUCUUUGGGACAGAUAAGAAGGAUAGUCAUCUGUUUAUAUUGGACUGUCGGUUCCCUCUAAACAACCACAGUGUUCCUAUAGCUCAACUGAACUACGAUCACGUGGAGAUACAACUCCAUGUAAGUAACAGAAUGGACUCUACAUUCAGAUCUAAAAUAUUGGAUCCUGAGGAAUUGGAUCAUCUGAGUGAUAUCAGUGACUUCAAGUUCAACUUAAAAGGAUGGGGUAUACGACUCGCUGAGGACUACUUAUCACCGAAGAACCAACUUGGUAAUCCAAAUACUCUUCCAAGAGUUUGUGAAGAUAAUAUAAUUAAACAAGAGUGUGGAGGCUGUUGUGAAGAGACAGAGAAAAACAAUAAGCGUAUGCGGGUAAGCAUCAAGCAUGACCUGAACUUUAUACUAUUUGUCAACAGAUCAGUGGAUUUAUUUUCUCGUUUUCUCUGCAGAUAA